UGUGUGAGCCUUGUGUGCUGAGUUAACAUAAUCUUAUUCACGUGUGUGUUCCAUAUGCUGGUACUGACCUUUAGCUAUAAAUAUACUAGAUCUACCAUGCAUACUUGCAGACAUUUUUUAGUGCUAAUAAAUAGUACAUCAUGAUUUUGUAGUUUCUUGUAUUUAUAGAUAUGAAAUGAUAUUCUAGUUUUUUCUUUCUUCUUCGCCGGCGCCAGCGCUAUCUCCGUCCUGAGAGCAUAUAAAGUGGUGGAGUAGUAUAAUUUUCUCGACUGAUAACUCCGUAGCACAAGCCACCGCCCUCCUCCGCCGCCAGUAAUGGCCCUGAUUUUACCUCGGACCAUCCGAGCUUCCCUCCUUCGCCUCUCUGUCCGACAUCUCACCUCCACCACCCUCGACGACCCUCCGCCGCUGCCGACUCCAUCCGACACCUCCCCUCAAACCCUACCACCAAAAUCCCCAAAUCUGCGCGCCCGAACUCCAUUGGAACACCAAUUCGAGUCAUGGCUUCACAAUCUCAAACCCGGAUUCACCCAUUCCGAGGUCCACGACGCCCUCCGGGCCCAGCCCGACCCGGACAUCGCGCUCGACAUUUUUCGGUGGACGGCGCAGCAGCGCCACUACAGGCACAACCACGACACCUACCUCGCAAUGAUGGAAAUCGCCGUCUCAGGUAAGCGGUAUCGCGCCGCCGAGACUCUCAUCGAUGAAGUCCUCGCCGGAGCUUGCUCCGCUAGCCUCCCGCUGUUCAACACUAUGAUCCAAUUCUGCUGUGACCGUAAAUUCCUGUUUAAUCGCGCUUUCGAUGUGUAUAAGAAAAUGCAGAAAUCUGAGGAUGCUAGGCCGAAUUUGGAGACUUAUGCUAUGCUUUUUGGUUCACUUUUAAGGAAGUUUGAUAAAUUGAAUGUGUGUUAUGUUUAUUUGCACGCUGUGAGAUCAUUAUCGAAGCAAAUGAAGUCUUCGGGGGUAAUCCCUGACGCCUUCGUGUUGAACAUGAUCAUCAAAGCCUACUCAAAAUGCCUGCAGGUUGAUGAGGCAAUUAGAGUUUUUCGUGAAAUGGGGCUGUAUGGCUGUGAGCCUAAUUCGUAUACGUAUAGUUAUUUGGUUAAGGGAUUGUGUGAGAAGGGUAGAGUGAGUCAAGGGUGGGGUUUCUAUCAGGAGAUGAGAUCAAAGGGGCUGGUGCCAAAAGUGACUACCUAUUUGGUUUUGAUUUGUAGUCUGGCGAUGGAGAGGAAGUUUCAGGAGGCGAUCGAGGCUGCAUUUAACAUGAUAGGGAACUCUUUGUCGCCUGAUCUUCUGACAUACAAGACACUGCUCGAAGAAAUGUGUAGGGAUGGGAAGGGCAACGUGGCGUUUAAGCUUCUUGAGAGUUUUCAAAAGAGGGACAGUAGCAUGAACGAGAAGACAUACAAGACUUUACUGGACGGGCUGCACUUUUCAAGUCGGGGUUUCUAGCUGCUUUGACUUCUUACUUGUGAGAGGCUCAUGCCAAUGUCUACCCUGAAGCUAUCUUCAUCUGCAGCUGGCUUCCACUGCUCCACCAGAGAUGAGAGCACCGUGACAACAUGGCUCAUGUCAGGCCGUUGGUUCGCUUCUCUAGUGCAGUGU